AUGUCAAUAAAUAAUGCAGCUGCUUCUUUUGAGUGGCGUUUUGGGCAACGUGGACCAUCUGAUGGACAACGUAAUGAUGUUGACACUGAGACCGAGAGUCUCAUGGAUGUUGACCGAGACAAUUUGCAGCAGGACGAAGAGGAGGGUGUGGAAUCAUCGUCUGACUCUAGAGGUGUGAGUCGCAUACCUUUGACUGUGAGAUUGUACUCGCAUGUUCUCUCAAACAGUUCAACAUUGAAGGCUGUGGCAGAUGCUUCUCAGAGGACUGAGCAAUACUUGAACCUCUUCUUGAAUGAGACCAAGGAUGUUGCAGCUGAGUUGAGGCGGGUGGCAGCUGAGAUGAGACGGCUGAGCCAGCGGUUGGACACUGUAGAGUCAAUGGUGAUGUCGUUGGCUUCAAAGAAGAAGCAGCAGCAGCAGAUGUGGCCGCGGGUGACCAAGUUGAAGAGCAAGUCCCGUAAGAAGAGCAAUGAAAAUGAAAAUGGUGAUGGUGAUUCAGAUGACAACACGCAGAAGAAGAGAUUGAAGAAGGGAGCCACUGGCAUUUCUGCUGGUGAUGAUGAAAUCGAUGAGGAAGAGGAGUUGAUGUUAAUGCAGGCGAUGGAGACACAAGGUGAUCAAGAUCAGCAGCUACAUGUUGAGCAAGGUGAAUCAGGCGGUAAGUCUUCUUCAAGUGGGCAUGACAGGAAGGCUGCGGCUGGUACCAUGUCUGAAAGUUGUGACAAGAAGCGAAAGUUGAGUCACCAGAGUACAGAAGAGCAGGAGCACACAAGCAAGAAGCCAACGGCUGGUCACUCCGAGGCCGCCGUUGCUGCAUGCAAGACCCAACAUUUGGCGACGGGGGCAAGGCCAGCAAGUGCGCUGUCUGUGGUGAAUGCCGGUCCUUCGAGAUUGGCACAUGUGGCUGUGGCACCAUCUAUGGCUGUUGCUUCCCCUGGACGUGCUGCUGCUCAGACCAAGGCCAAGGGGGAAAAUGAGGAUGUUUCCAGGCCCACUUGGUCAUUGUGUAAAGCCUUUCUGGCUGAUGACUAUGCUUCCUGUGAAGUGGGAAAGCCUUUGGCAACUCCCAGUGCGUUCACGAAAGAUGUGCAGAAAUCUAAAUGGGCUGCUGAAGUCAUGAAGAUCAAGCCUUACCUUGGGACCUUUGAGAGGCUUAUGUCAUCAUCAGGUGGCAAGACAACAGACACCGAAUUGAAGAAUGCUGUGAAGGCUAUGCAAAAGAUCAACACGAAGCUGGACAAGAAGCUGGAAUAUGAAGUUGCCUCUGCAACUGAGGAGGAGCCAGCUUUGAGUGCAAGAGCAUCAUGCCUGAAGGAACUCUUCGAAUCAGUUAAGAACCUGAAAGAUCUGGCAAUCAUGUCAGGCAAGUCUGGAUCGAUUUCGGCCGACAAUUUGACCCAGAACAUCAAGAAGAUCCAGGCUGCCGCCAGAAAGUUGGUAGUUGAUGCCACACUUGGCUUUCCUAUGCAUUGG